AUGCUGGUCGUCUCCGUGGUCGCAUCGCUCCUGUCCGUCGCUUUUGCCGCGGCUACCCAAUCUAACGUUUGCCGCGGCUACCCGACCAGCUCUCCGAAGCCGGUCCGCGCGACCAUGCAGGCCACCAUCGCCGCUGGCGCAGCUGCGGCAGUGCUAAGUCUCGCGCGGGGCAGCGGCCGGUGGAUCCUGCCGGCCAUUCUCCUUGCCCUUUCUCCGGUGAGGUGGCGGCGCUCCAACGACGCAAAGGCUGUGCCGUAUCACGGCCGGCGCUGCUCUUUUCUGCGGGCGAGUCUCCUCUCCGUGGCGCCAAGCGUCCUUGGUGUGGUGUCGAUCCUGGUUGGUAUUCUCCUCGCCCGUCCGGGUGCUGGCAUCGCCGCGGUCCCUCUCGGGCUUUGGCUAGCGCACACCGUCGACUCGGCGAGGGCACUCUCCAUCGCCGCGCUGCCAAGCUGCUCCAGCCCUCGCGCCUUUCUCGGGCGUGCAGUGCUGUGGUCCGUGGUCAUCAUGCCGCCCUCAUUGCUCGGCGCGGUUGCGGAUCCAGCCGCCUUUGCCCUCCGCCCCGCCUCCUUUUGCGAGGCGGCUCGGCGACGCAGCCUCGUCGCCCUCAUGGUGGCGUGCGGUAUGGCCGCAGAGGUCGUCGCGGGGACAUGGGACAGUGCGGGAGGCAGUAUCGCACUAUAUGCCCUGCUGGGGGCCGCGCUACUCACAGAGGCAGCGCUCGCGUGGUGGUAUCCCGUGACGGUCGCCGCAGUUUGCGAUGCGUCGUCGAGGCGCGGCGGUGCGGUGAAGGCUGAGGAGGCGCCGCAGCGCCGCCGUUCCCGCCGGCUGCUGCAGCGAUGCGGUCAAGGGGCGCGGGCCGCGCUUGCCUUCAGCACCUACGGCGUUGCUCUGUUUCUGCUCGCCAUGUGGGUCUCCACGCACGACCCGGCGGCGGCGAGGUGGGCGGAGCGUCACCCGCAGCUUCGCGGCGUCAAUCUUGGCGGCUGGCUGGUUGGCGAGCGCUGGCUCAAUUACAAGUGGCAGGGUGACGGCUUCAUAUUUCACCCAAACUCGAGCGAAUCGGAAGAGCCCGACUAUUACCAAACCUCGCUUGCGCGCCAGAACGACAACGCCACGGCCGCCAUCCUCGAGCACCGCGACAAGUGGUUCACUCGCGAGACCCUCCUCGACAUCGCCGCGCGAGGCGUCGAGUCUGUUCGCGUGCCCUUUGGCUACUGGUUAACGGUGGCGAGCGAGGAGCAAGCGUAUCCCUAUCUCCGCGGCCGCGGGCUCGGCUACCUCGACGACGUCCUCGACUGGGCCGAAGAGGCAAACCUGACCGUGAUGCUCGACCUGCAUGCCGCGCCGGGCUCGCAGAGCGGAGAGCAGCAGAGCGGCCGCCUCUCCCACGACUGGCGGCCGGAGGACUGGGACGCGGAGGGCUCGCUCGCGGCGAUCGAGACUGUCGCCGAGAGGUUUGCCAACCGCUCGUGCAUCAUCGCCGUCGAGCUGCUGAACGAGCCGCUACUCGACGCCGCCCGAGCGCUCGACUUCUACCAGCGCGGGGCGAAGGCGGUGCGGCGGCACAUGGGCGCCGACGUGGCCGUCGUCAUCAACCUCUACCGAGCGCAGAGCAUCUUCACGCAUGCCUGGGGGAGCUUCGACUGGAACCUGCCCGCGAGGCGCUUCCCCAACGUCCUCUACGAUUUCCACGUAUACACAUGCUUCCACUAUGCCGCUUGGAUGCCGCUUUGGUUCUCCACGGGCCCGCUGGUCGAGCUGUACACCGCCGCCAUCUCCCUCACCUUCCGGCCAACGCUCGUGGGCGAGUUCUCCAACUGCGUUGGCGACUGGUACGGGCGCGGCGGACGGGACUUUGACGAGUUGAGCCGCGAGGGACGGGCGGCGAUGUACUCUGGCUUUGGCCGCCGUCAGGUGGCGGGAAUCUUCCGUGGAGACCGCAGUGCUGCGGCCUUCUUCUGGACGUGGUAUCACCCGGAUGUGGAUGACGUCGACGCGCUGUCGCAGUGGGACCUCAAGUACGUCUUGGAGCAGGGACUCCUCCCAGGCUUUUGA